AUGAUUUUUCAGCCGGUUAUCAGCAUGCCGUCAGGUGAUGAAAAAGGCAUUGUUUUUUGUCCAGAAAAGAUUGAUAAUGAGACUCGCGUUAGUGUUCUUAAAAUCGUUGAUGAUAUCACUGAUUCGUCAGCACGAUUCGAUUCUUAUUCUUUGACAGUGCAUUACGAUGAUUGGCCGGUGAAAGGUUUCGCUCAAAUCGGUCAUAUUGUGCACGUAAAUUUGCGGGAAGAAUUAUUGCCAUAUAAAAAAGUCAUUGGUCAAAUAUUGUUCGACAAAAUCGCUAGCUGUAAGACAGUUGUGAAUAAAUUAGAUGCAAUUGGACAUAAAUAUCGAACUUUUGAAUUGGAUUUGCUUGCUGGUGAAGCAAAUUAUGAGACUGAGGUGCAUGAAGAUAAAUUACGGUAUCAGUUAAAUUUCAAGCAGGUGUUCUAUAAUCCACGAUUGAGUACAGAACACAAAAGGAUUGUGAAGAAGAUCGGCAAGCGUUCGAUUCUGUAUGAUUGCUGCGCCGGUAUUGGGCCAUUUGUGUUACCAGCAGUAAGAAAUGGAGCUCAUCAUUUGUCAACCGAACGUUUAAAAAUGUACAAUAUGGAUGCAGCGCUGUUCAUAUCAACUGCACUUGCCGAUGAUCUGGCUAAUGAAUUUAAAAAUUUUAAAACCACUGCUUCGGGAUAUAAUGACUCACUUCAGUUCCCAUUGUAUGUUCACUGCCAUUUUUUUGUGAAGGCUCCUGAAGAUGUUGAAGACAACUGGUACAAGGAGGAGGCUCGAAAUUUGGUGCGCGCAAGUCUUGGGUAA